AUGAACAAGGGCAACACGACCGAGGGCAUGAACAAGGGCAACACGACCGAGGGACAUGAACAAGGGCAACACGACCGAGGACAUGAACAAGGGACGACAAGGACGGACAAGGACAAGGGCAACACGAACGAGGACAUGAACAAGGGCAACACGACCGAGGACAAGGACGAGGACAAGGACAAGGGCAACACGACCGAGGACAUGAACAAGGGCAACACGACCGAGGACAUGAACAAGGGCAACACGACCGAGGACAUGAACAAGGGCAACACGACCGAGGACAUGAACAAGGGCAACACGACCGAGGACAUGAACAAGGGCAACACGACCGAGGACAUGAACAAGGGCAACACGACCGAGGACAUGAACAAGGGCAACACGACCGAGGACAAGGACAAGGGCAACACGACCGAGGACAAGAACAAGGGCAACACGACCGAGGACAUGAACAAGGGCAACACGACCGAGGACAAGGACGAGGACAAGGACAAGGGCAACACGACCGAGGACAUGAACAAGGGCAACACGACCGAGGACAUGAACAAGGGCAACACGACCGAGGACAAGGACGAGGACAUGAACAAGGGCAACACGACCGAGGACAAGGACGAGGACAUGAACAAGGAACACAGACGAGGACAUGAACAAGGAACACAGACGAGGACAUGA